UGUUUUGACCUUUAAAAAGUUACAACUGUCAAAUAUUAAUGUAUUUAGCCCGGAAAGUUCUUUCGCAAACAUCACCUAUCUUAACAAAGUUUGUGGCAAAUAAGCAAGCACCUAUUAUUUCAAGUGGACUUAGCAUCUUCGAGAAAAGGUUCUCUCGCAACAUGUCGAAGACAGCCCUAGUGAUCCUGGCGCAGGGAGCCGAGGAGAUGGAAACCGUUAUCACUGUUGACAUGCUCAGGAGGGGCGGUGUGACCGUCACAAUAGCUGGUCUCGAUGGAAGCGCCCCCGUGCUGUGCUCUCGCCAAGUGACUCUCGUCCCGGAUAAGGCUUUAGCUGAUGCUUUGGCCGACACUCCUCAAUAUGAUGCGGUGAUCCUUCCCGGAGGUCUCGAAGGGUCCGACCGGCUCUCCAAGUCCUCAGUCGUGGGGACCCUGCUCAAGGAGCACGAGAAAGCUGGGAAAAUCGUCGCUGCCAUCUGCGCUGCUCCAACAGCGUUCGUGGCUCAUGGCAUUGGUCACGGAAAACGCGUGACGUCAUACCCCACGACCAAAGACAAGAUCACCGGAGACUACACCUACGUAGAGGGGGAGAGAGUGGUCGUAGACGGCAACCUGGUUACCAGCAGGGGUCCCGGCACAGCCUAUUGGUUUGGUUUGUCUCUGAUCGAGCUGCUGGUCGGUAAAGAAAAGGCAGACCAAGUGGAAAAAGGCAUGGUCAUCAGCUCUUACUAA